CAGCGGGUGCUUGAGCAAGCAAUUCGAAAAGAUGCGGUCGGCUGGCAUCACGUGGUUCGGAGGAAACUUGUGAUAGUCUUCGGCCCUUCAGACUGAAUGAAUUCAGAGUGAAAACUAUGAGCAAACAACAUCAAGUCAUGUCAGCAUUAGCAGAGAAGAUUGUUAAAAAGACAUCAGGAGAAGAGGAGAAAGAACAACUUGAGAGUGUGUUGGAGGAGGCAAAUAUGAAGAAGAAUGAAGCAGAAGAGGAGAAAGCAAAAAUUAAGGAUGUAUUAGAGGCAAACAUAAAGAAGAAUGAAGCAGAAGAGGAGAAAGAACAACUUAAGGGUGUAUUAGAAAAAGCAAAUAUGAAGAAGAAUAAAGCAGAAGAGGAUAAAGCACAAAUUGAGGAUGUAUUAGAGGCAAACAUAAAGAAGAAUGAAGCAGAAGAGGAGAAAGAACAACUUAAGGGUGUAUUAGAAAAAGCAAAUAUAAAGAAGAAUGAAGCAGAAGAGGAGAAAGAACAACUUGAGGGUGUAUUAGAAAAAGCAAAUAUGAAGAAGAAUAAAGCAGAAAAGGAUAAAGCACAAAUUGAGGAUGUAUUAGAAAAAGCAAAUAUAACAAACGAUCAAGCAGAAGAGGAGAAAGCACAAAUUGAGGGUGUAUUAGAUGAGGCAAAUAUAAAGAAGAAUGAUGCAAAAGAGGAGAAAGCCCAACUUGACACUGUGUUGGAGGAGAUGAAUAUGAAGAAGACUGAAACAGAAAAGAAUGCACAACUUAAGAGUGAGUUACUGGAGGUGAAGAAAAAGAGGGAUGAAACAGAAGAAGAGAAUGCACGACUAAAGGGAUUGUUAAAGAAAAGCAUUAAUUAUUUCACUUGGCUGACCUCUGUGCUGGUUGUGGUUUUACUGUCUAUUGUAUUGCACUGGGCCUUCAAAGGACAUGAGAUAAAUCAUUAUGAGCUCAGACUGAUGUUGGUGGGGAAAACGGGAGCAGGAAAGAGUGCAUCAGGAAACACCAUCAUGGGUGAAGAGGCCUUCAGAGUCGAGGCGUCUCCUGCAUCUGUGACUGCAAGCUGUAGGAAGAAGAACAAAGUCCUAGACAGAAGAAACAUCACCAUAAUUGACACUCCUGGUGUCAUGGACACAUGGUUAAUAUCAAACCAAACGGCUCACCAUGCACAUGAAUGUAUCUCCAUGUCUUCUCCUGAUCCUCAUGUUUUCCUGCUGGUGAUCAAACUGGGAAGGUUCACGGUGGAGGAGAGCAAUGCUGUGAAGUGGAUUCAGGAGAACUUUGGAGAAGAAGCUCUGAAGUUUACCAUGAUUCUGUUCACUGGUGGAGAUCUGCUGGAAGGGAAACCUGUGGAGAAAUUUAUAAGUAAUAGUUUUGAUCUUCAGAAUCUGGUAGAUACCUGUGAAGGUAGAUAUCAUGUUUUUAACAACUAUGAACAAAGUAACCGCACUCAAGUCACAGAGCUGUUUGAAAAGAUUAAUGCAAUGCUACACCAGAGCAUGGGUUACUUUUACAUAAAAGAGGUUCAUCAGAAGAUAAUGGAAAGAGAAGAGAAAGAGACCCAAACAGUGGAAGAGAAGAAUAGAGCUAUGAUGGCAAAACUGAUCAGAGAUGAGGAAUUAAAGAGAAACCAGCUGAAGGAAGAGAUGAAAGUUGCAGAGAGGAGGAAGAUGGAUGAGUUGGGAAUUGAACUGAGAGAUGAGAGAGCUAAGAUGGCAAAACUGAUCAGAGAUGAGGAAUUAAAGAGGAACCAGCUGGAGGAAGAGAUGAAAGUUGCAGAGAAAAGGAAGAUGAAUGAGAUGGCAAUUAAACUGAGAGAUGAGCAAUAUGAGAACAAACAUCUUAGGGAAGAAUUAGAACGUACAUAUUUUGCAUUUUUCUGGUUUAUGGUCAUAACUGGCAUACUAAUUUUAAUAUUGGUCAAAGUGGUUUGCUUUCCAAAAUGGAAUCUUUGGAAGAUUUUAAAAAAUAACCAUGCCAUCUUUUACCAAAAAAAAAGCAUACGUAAAAAUUCAUUUUAAUAAGUAAACUUAAAUAAAUUUGCCAAGUAUAUCUAAUUUAAGUAUAAUUAUAUCCGUGCACAAGUAUUAAACAUGUAAAUGUACUGUUUCUGUAAUUCUUGGGACUAAACUGGCUCACUCUUCAUAGUUUAUAGAAGUAUACUUUGAGAUAGACUUUGGAAGUAAAGCUAGUUAACUUGUAACUUUUCUUUUGUAUUAAAAUUGUAAAGUGCAUGCAGUGCUUUAAAAAAAAACAUAAUAUCAUGUAAAAUUAUAUUAGAUAUGAACUGAAUUUUAGUAUAUAAUUUUAAUUCAAAAUGUGAAAAUACUCAAUCUAGAUUCAGUACACAUAAAGUGAAAUUUCUACAUUGUUUCUUUUUUGGUUCUUUCUACGUUAUGAAGAAGUACGGAAGUUGCCUAAAAUUUGCAAUAAUCUCCUUUGAACAGUUGAUAUUGAGAUGUUUAUCUGCUACUAAUGAUCUAUAAAUCCUUCAUAACGGCUCUAAUCUGAGGUACUGUUUGUUAAUUGGUGAUUUCUGGGGCUGGUGACUCUAAAUGAACUUCUCCUCUGCAGUAGAGGUAAGUUUUGUUCUUGCUUUCCUGGAAAGGUCUUCAUGAGAGACAGUUUUUAUCACGGUGCUUGAUGGGUUUUCCAAACGCACUCGACACAAUACUGUUCUUGCAAGAACUGUUCCAGAACAGCUGGCCUUCAUGUCUUUAAAAAACACCUGACUGUUUUUGUUGUUGUUUUUACUUAAUUACCUAAUGCCAUAUGUGACAUUUCAUAGCUCAAUAUUCUGUAUCUUUCUAAAAUGUAGAAAAUAAAUUAAAACUUGUGUUCAAAAUUUUGAUUGGUAAUGUAGUACACUGUAAAAGUCCUUUCAUUCUUUUGGCUGCCCGGAUUUCCUUUCUCAUUUAUCCUUGCCCAAGCUCUUUCACUCCUCUUUAGCGUUCAAUCAUUUAACUUCAUUUCCUCAUCCUCUUCAGCUGCUUGUGUUGCCAUCCUAAUCAAGUCACAGACACCAAGUUUAUGCCUCAUUGAAGUUCUUUCCUUAUCUUUUCUUUUUCUUUGUUGUUUAAAGGCAGUUGGAAACUAGUAGGUCACAUGACCGUUUCCCUUUUAGUACCUCUUAGCAUCUAGUGAAGUUCUGUGGGCUACAUCACUGCCACUUAUAGAUCUUUUACACUAUUAACUUUAUUGUGUGAGCUUUUUACAUAAUUAACAAUACUACAGAAUUGUACUACGGAAUUAA